GAAAACGAGUUGCCCAAAGGCCAAUGGGCGAGUCCAUUCGGCGGGGGUAGUCCUGCAAUGGCAGUUACUAUGGUUACCCCGGCACGACCCACAAUCCCAUAUGGCGGUUGGUACGGUGUUGUCAGUGGAGUGAAGAAGGUUGAUGCGGUUUAUCGGACCAGAGGAGUACAGUGAGAAAUUGGAUUUUAAAAAACUAAUGUUUCUAUGUUCCAUUCCGCCUGGAAUUCUAGUUCGACAGCGUUAGGGAGUUUAAACGGCGAAUGGCGAGGCCCCAAGGCCUUUCUCGGCGAGAAGGGUUACGUAACUCCGGGGACUGAGGCAGUGCUAGGCCGAAUUCAUCAGUUUUCACUUCACUUUGUUUUCAGUAAAAGGUCCCUUUGGCAAAGAUGACAGAGUUUGCGUGCCUGCAGCUUGUGAGUUCCUUUGCAUUUGAAGCAAUGCAGAAGGUCGAUGUGGUAAAACUAGCAGCUUUGAGUGAUCCAGAGUUGAGGCUUCUCUUGCCCUGCCUGGUGAGAAUGGCACUUUGUGCUCCUGCUGAUCAAAGUGAGGCUUGGGCUCAAGACAAAAAACUCAUCCUGCGUCUCCUGUCUGGGGUUGAGGCUGUCAACUCGAUUGUGGCUCUCCUAUCAGUUGAUUUUCAUGCACUGGAGCAGGAUGCUACCAAAGAACAGCAGCUCAGGCACAAGUUAGGUGGAGCAAAUGGAGAGAGCAUCCUCGUAUCACAACUACAGCAUGGCUUGGCUUUGGAAUUUGAGCAUAGUGAUUCUCCUCGUCGUCUCCGACUAGCACUUAGUGAACUGUUGGUGAUCAUGAACAAGUUGUCUGAUUCAAAUGGAGAAUUUUUUAUGAAGUCUUCAGAACUGUUUGAAAGCCCGGUGUAUCUGGAUGAAGUUGCAGAUGUGCUCUGUAUCCUUCAAGCAGAACUUCCAUCACUGUUGCCAAUUACUGAAGUAGCUGAGGCUUUGCUUCAUGUACGAAAUGGAUCAUGGUUUAUGUGUUUGUUAGUGGCCAAUGUUCCUGACAGCUUCAAUGAAGUUUGCAGGGGUUUAAUAAAAAAUGGUGAGCGACAGGAUGAAGAGAGUGUUGGGGGUCGUCGCAGAACUGAGACGCUUCGGCAGCUGUGCAAAAUGAAUCCUUCCCAAGCCUUAAAUGUCAGAGCCAUGGUGGUGGAGGAAUGCCACCUUCCAGGACUUGGAGUGGCCCUGACCCUGGAUCAGUGCAAGAAUGAUGGCUCUGAAGAUACUGUCACUGACCUGGUCUCCUUUGUUAGUGGUUUACUGCUAGGAACUAAUGCGAAAGUACGAACUUGGUUUGGAAUGUUCAUCCGCAAUGGGCAGCAGCAUAAGAAGGAACGCAGUAGCUCGGUGCUAUGGCAGAUGAGACGGCAGCUGCUGCUGGAACUAAUGGCAAUUCUCCCGACGGUCAGCAGUGGUCGCAUUGGUGAGGAUACUGCAGACACUGACAUGGAACCUAAUAUUUCGGUAUACUCAGCACUGAAGGAGGAAAACGUGGUGAAAGCUAGCGCAAUGUUGCGGCUCUACUGUGCACUGAUGGGAAUCGCUGGACUCAAGCCAACCGAUGAAGAAGCUGAGCAGCUUUUACAGCUGAUGACAAGCCGCCCACCGGCAACUCCAGCUGGUGUCCGCUUUGUGUCUUUGUCCUUCUGCAUGCUGCUGGCAUUCCCCAGUUUAGUCAGUACCCCUGAACAGGAGCAAAUGACUGUAAUGUGGUUAAGCUGGAUGAUCAGGGAGGAGGCAUAUUUUGAGAGUACCACAGGGGUCUCUGCUUCAUUUGGUGAGAUGCUGCUAUUGGUUGCAAUGUACUUUCAUAGUAAUCAGCUCAGUGCCAUCAUCGACUUGGUCUGUUCCACUUUGGGUAUGAAGAUUGCCAUUAAACCAAGUUCACUGAACAGAAUGAAAACCAUCUUCACACAGGAAAUAUUUACAGAGCAGGUAGUAACUGCUCAUGCUGUACGUGUACCUGUAACCAGCAACCUGAGUGCUACCAUAACUGGGUUCUUGCCUAUACACUGUAUUUACCAGUUGUUAAGAAGUCGUGCUUUCACUAAGCACAAAGUUUCCAUCAAGGAUUGGAUUUACCGACAAAUGUGUGAAACAACAACCCCUCUGCACCCUCAGCUAAUUCCUCUAAUCGAUGUUUACAUCAACUCCAUUCUGACGCCAGCAUCCAAGGCUAAUCCUGAAGCUACAAACCAACCAAUCACCGAACAGGAAGUCCUCAAUGUGUUCAAUGGCCUCACUUGGGGAGAGAACAACCGAUGUCGACAAAGGCACAGCAUCACAGCCCAGCUUCUGGUUCUCUAUUACACACUGUCGUAUGAGGAGACUCUGCUAGCCAAUGUGAAACCAUUAGCGGCCGUUCAGAAGAAACCCAAGUCUUACUCUGCAGCACUGAUGGAUCAGAUUCCUAUCAAGUAUUUAAUUCGCCAGGCACAGGGGCUUCAACAGGAGCUCGGAGGCCUUCAUUCUGCAUUGUUGCGUUUGCUGGCAACGAAUUAUCCUCACCUGUGUAUGGUGGAUGACUGGAUGUGUGAGGAGGAAGUGACUGGCACAGAGGCACUGCUCUCCAGAAUGCUGCUAACCAGCCGGGCCAAACGCCAUACGCCCAAGAAGCUGCAGGAAGCUUUCCAGUCGGCUUCUACCAAUUACACUCAACUGAUGCAGACCUUGGAGGACUUGACGCUAUUAUCUGCCAGUGAGCUGAUCCCAUUUGCAGAAGCAUUGAUGUUGGGUUUGUAUCGGUUGCUUGAUUCAGAUGUUCCCCGACGAAUUCUCCAGACAGUAAACCAGCUUUGGAUGCUUCUCAACACCGUUAUGCCAAGGAGGCUGUGGGUGAUGACAGUGAAUGCCUUGCAGCCAAAACCCAAACUGCUUCGCCAGCAGAAAUACACACAGAAUGACUUGAUGAUUGAUCCACUGAUUGUAUUGCGAUGUGACCGUAGAGUGUACAGGUGCCCUCCGUUAAUGGACAUUACCUUGCACAUGCUUAAUGGAUACCUUCUAGCUUCAAAAGCGUACCUAAGUGCUCACUUGAAGGAGAAUGUGGAUCAGGACAGCAAACCAUAUCAGAAUAACACCAUGGGGGUAGUUGGGCAACCUGAAGCCCCAGAAGUCACAAGAGAGGAGCUAAAAAAUGCUUUGUUGUCAGCCCAGGACAGUGCAGCUGUUCAAAUUCUAUUGGAAAUCUGCUUGCUUACUGACGAGGAGCGAUCACAUAGUGCAGGAAAGGUCCUGAAACAGCAGGAUCAAACCCUCAAUCUGACUGAACCUUUGGAGAAUACUCAGGCAACUUUAUUGAGCAAUGUCCGGGAAGUGCAGUGUCUCAUCUGCUGUCUCCUGCAUCAGAUGUUUAUUGCAGAUCCAAAUAUUGCUAAACUUGUUCACUUUCAGGGUUACCCGAGUGAACUGUUGCCUCUAACUGUGGCUGGAAUUCCGUCCAUUCACAUAUGCCUGGAUUUCAUUCCAGAACUUUUAGCACAACCACAACUGGAGAAGCAGAUAUUUGCUAUUCAGCUUUUGUCCCACUUGUGUAUCCAGUAUGCACUGCCCAAGUCUCUCAGUGUAGCUCGCUUGUCCAUCAAUGUCAUGGGAACAGUACUCACAGUGUUGACCCAGGCCAAGAGGUUUGCUUUCUUCAUGCCUACAUUGCCCUGUUUGGUUUCUUUCUGUCGAGCUUUUCCUCCACUAUAUGACGACGUAACCUCAUUACUAAUCCAAACUGGACAAGUGUGUGCCUCACAUGUUGCCACUCAAGCACAGGAUAUUGAUCCCAUCAUCACGCGUCUCAAAUAUCUAAAGGAGAAGACUGAAGUAACUCCUGACUUCUACUGCACUGCGGGUCUGGACAGGACUAAACAUAGUGAGACACCUGCACCAGAAUGUUUGGAUCCUGAUGUGCUUCUGUGCCAGCGUGUUGAAGCAACAUUUCUGGAGAUAAUAAACACAGCAGUUGUUGGAGUUUAGUAACAGAAUUGAGAAAGUUUUGUCAAAUGUAAAAGCCAUUGGUAGUACCAUGCACAAGGUGGUACAGAGUGUGAUAACAGGUUGCUUUUGAGGCAGUUGAAACUACAACUUUGGAUUAGAAUCAGAUGUAUUCGGGUAUGCUCUGUGUACGACUUGCUGACUGAAAUGGAUUGCAGUAACAUUGAAAUGUGACUAACUUUAAAUUUGGAUGGAUACUUCUGUGGGGGAAAAAAACUUUUAAAAAAAAACAUUUUUUGAAAGUGGACUAACUUUCUGGCCAAAUUGAAGAUUAUUCCUGCUCUUAAAGAAUUUGUGUAUACAAUGACCAUAAAGUUGAACUGAAGCUGAAAUGACAACUUAGUCUUUCCUGUGCCUCAACCUAACCUUUAUCCAUGGUACUCAAAGGACACAGAAAUCAUUUUCCUACCACAUGGUUUUUAAACUUUUCACAAAAAAUGCAUGUGUUUCAUACCAGAAUGAAGCUCAGGGGUUUGUGUUAUUUUGGUAGUACUGUAAUUUAUAUAUUGAAGAAAUAUGAGCAACAAUAGGCUAUUCUUCCUUUCAAGAUGACUCUGCUACUCAAUAAGAUCAUGGCUGAUGUGACUGUGGUCUUGCUCUCUAUUGUUCCUUUUCCCCUGUAACUGUGCACUACCUUUUGAGAUUCAUGUGCAAGGACACCCAGAUCACUCUGUAUUACAGAAUUUCAGUUGCUUUUCUGCAUUUUUUUUACCUUUUCACUUAACUCCUGAAGUUGUUACAGGUUCUCUGGGCUGGAUUCAUGGAACCCAAGUGCCACGCCUUUCAAGAAAAGUCCUUGUAGCAAAACCAUACUAGCAAAACCAAGGGUAGCAUGUGGUCUCUCAGCUACAAACCUCUCCCUUUUCCCUUCUGUUUUCUGCUAUUUUUGAUCUUUAGAUACCUUACCCCUCGGUUUUCAAUUUAUCUGAUUUUCUGUAGCUUGACUGUAGAUCACUGCCAUGUGCAUCUUUUGCGAUCACUUUGAUUAUUCUUGUAUAGGUUCUUAAUCCUUUGUUCAAGCCAGAGAUUCUGAUUACUCCUAAGGAGAACAGUUGAUUGUAUUUUCUCUGUGCUUCAGAUCAAUAGCAGUCAAAGAGUGAAUAAAAGUGUGUGGUGGUGAUGGUAAAGCAGUGCAUAGUAUUUUUAGAUGGACUUAACUGGGUCAACUUUACAACUGUUGCUUGAAGCAGAGGUCAAGCAAAAUUUGUUAGAAAAUGUCUAAUAAAGCUUCAAUCUUGCCAAUUAA